AUCUCAAAUUCCCGGGUUCAGGGAACUUUACCCGCCCCCCCCAAAAAAAAAAGUUUUUUUUUCCCUUUAAAAUGACGAAAGUUCUCUGUUUUCAUUUUGGCGAAAAACUUGAAAUUGUUUAUUUGAAUUCUCUCGGUUAAAAGGGGAGCCAUCAAAUUGAUCUCCAAUCUUUGAAGCUUCAUGGCUUUUAGUAAGAUUCAAGUCUCCGCCGUUUUCAGCUACCCUUAUGGUUCCAGAAUCCACCAUGCCCGCAGUAAGUUUCAGCACAUCGGCUUCCUUGAAUAUCCCACUUCUUCUCCACCUAGUUCUCGAAAUUCUUCGAGAUUGAGAAGGAGCUUGAAUCGAUUUCAUGCCGUUGCUCCGCCGAGUGAUCAGAUCUCUUGCGGUUCCAGUUUACUUCUUGACGAGGAGGUUGGUGUGAAUUUACUGAAUGGAUUUGGGGAGCUUCCCUGCUUUCCUCAUAAACAGAAAUAUGAGAAAAUGGUUGUUGCAGUCGACAUUGAUGAAGUCCUCGGAAGCUUCCUGUCUCCGUUGAACAAGUUUAUUACAGAUCACUAUGGACUGGAUCAUGAUGUUUCAGAAUAUCAUGUGUACGAGUUCUUUAGGAUUUGGAAUUGUUCUCGAGCAGAAGCUGAUAUGAGAGUCCAUGAGUUCUACAAUUCUCCCUAUUUCAGAUUUGGAAUUGAUCCCAUUCCCGGCUCGCAAAAAGUUCUUCGAAAUCUUUCAGCAUUCUGCAGUCUAUCCAUUGUUACAUCUCGGCAAAAUGUGAUCAAAGAGAAGACAUUUGAUUGGAUUGAGAAGCAUUAUGCAGGCAUUUUUAAGGAGAUCCAAUUCGGAAAUCAUUUUGCUUUAAAUGGGAAAUCAAGACCAAAAUCCGAUAUUUGCAGAUCUGUUGGUGCUGAAGUACUGAUUGAUGAUAAUCCAAAAUAUGCUUUUGAAUGUGCUGAGGCUGGCAUCAAGGUUCUCCUCUUUGACUACCAUAACACGUAUCCAUGGUGCAAGCAUGUCCAUGCAGAUUCUCACAGCCUCAUUACUAAGGUUUAUAGCUGGGAAGAGGUGGAACAAUAUUUGAUUUCAUGGGUGGCUGUAUGGAAAUGAUUUUAUAUUCAUUUUAUGCUUUGGAAUUUUAGAUACUGUAAAAUGUUAAUAUUUGCACUUCUAAUCAUGAUGCUUCGGUUGAGUUGGAUUCUGAAAACUUUUAUGGCUUU